AUGACUGCACGAAGACCAGCCCCUCACGUUGAGCGCAUUGACUUUGUUGUUGCUGCUGCGGAAGGCCUAGGUGGAUCAGGGUGAAAAAUUUCACAAAGAAGCAUAACUGAAACUGGCCAAAGAAGACAAGUGAUGCAGAAGGAAAACUAUGGAAAGUAAACAAGAUCUGCUCAGAGCUAAAGAAGCAAAAGCAUCAGGGAGAGAAAUAGCCCAAAAGUGACAUCAGCACGGGCGGAGAGGUUGGACUGAUGCAUCAUCAUUUCCUGAAUUCAGUACAAGAUUGAUUAGAGGUCUGUUUGAAAGCCAAAAAUGAUAAAACUUAUUGUUGGAAUUGGAGGUGUCACAAACGGUGGAAAAACUACACUUGCAUGCAAACUUAAGAAAGCCCUUCCAAGCAGUGUUUUACUAUGUCAAGAUACAUUUUUCAAGCCUGUCAGUGAGGUAGAGUUCGGAGAAGAUGGGUUUCAGCAAUAUGAUGUCAUCACAGCUCUGGACAUGAAAGCCAUGAUGGAUACAGUUUAUGCCUGGAUGGAGAACAUGUCUGCUGUGCAUAUUGAGCAAGAAGCUCCAGUUUUAUCAGAGAACAAAGGCCUCAACAUCCUGAUAGUAGAAGGUUUCCUCCUUUACAAUUAUAAACCCUUAAAUGAUGUUUUUAAUCAACGCUACUAUCUCUCCGUUCCGUAUGAAGAAUGUAAGAGAAGAAGAUGUUCAAGAGUCUAUGACCCCCCUGAUCCACCUGGAUACUUUGAUGGACAUGUGUGGCCAAUGUACCUCAAAAACAGAAAAUACAUGGAAGAGAAAGUAGCUGACAUAAUUUACUUAGAUGGAACAAAUCCCCCAGAUGAAUUAUUUGCUCAAGUAUAUGAAGAUAUUUUAAGGGAAGUUCAAAAACUCCAAGACAGUUGCUGACUAAAUGACACCACUGAAACAGGAUAUUGGAAAAUUGAAGAUUCUAGUGAACAAACGACUACCCGUGACUGAAGGAGAUUUGGUGAAAAUCAAGAGACUCCAUUGGAAUGUGCACAAACCAAGCUUUAGAAUAAUAUAUACAUUAAAUAUGUUACACUUGAA